AUGGCUCAAAUCGAAAAGGUCCUCACCACCGCCGCCCCGGCCCCCCUCCCCCAAUUCUCCCAGGCCAUCAAGUACAACGGAAUGGUCUACUGCUCCGGCAACAUUGGCAUCCUGCCCGACAAGCCCGGCAUGGUCCAGGCCGAGGGAACCGUCAAGGACCGCACUCGCCAAGCCCUCAAGAACCUCUCCGCCGUCCUCGAGGCGUCCGGCAGCAGCCUCCGCAACGCCGUCAAGGUCAACGUCUACAUCACCAAGAUGGCCGACUUUGCGACCAUGAACGAGGCGUACGACGAGUUCUUCACCUUUGACCCCAAGCCUGCCCGCACCUGCGUUGCCGUCUACCAGCUUCCCCUCGGCACUGAUGUUGAGAUUGAGUGCACAGCAUUCCUCAACAAGCCUGCUGAGAAGCUGUAA